UGCAGGCAUACCAGUGAAGGCCAUCUUCUGUCAGAUGGCUGUCACUGACAAUGCCACCUGCAGCGAGCCUCGUAGGUUCUGGACAUCGAUUCCGUCGGCCGGUAGGCACAAAUAAGCGUCAGCCGUUUUUCUUAUCUCUCUCGUUAAGUUGUACCUCUUCAACCGCUAACCAAGAAAACGACACUGCAUCACAUAACACCACAUGGCAUACCGCUGUGAAUCACUAUUCCAUGUACCUUUAUCGAUGUCUCAAGAUUCCACACCAGGUCCAGAGCAACAGUGAGACUGGAGCUAGAACCAGGAGUCCAUCGAUCUGCAUACAGAAGCUCAAUAUUAGAGCGCUUACAAUCUUCGCGACCCCUCAGCUCUGUCCAGCGAACGUCUUAUCUGACAGUGUCUGGAGUUCUCAUGUCGGGACCUUGAUUGCUUGGACGCACCCGUGGUGUGAAUAUUGACUAUUUGCGAGCCACAUUUGCUGAGACAGCGGGUUGUAGUGGCGACGCGCCGUUAGGCGGUAGCUGGGGAAUCCAACGUUAGACUUGACCAGAACACAGGUCGACCUCUGUAAAGGUGAGAAGGAC